CAGCACCACUAUGGCCUCCGGAAAUCCGUCAUUCGAGAAUGUCUGUGAUCCUUAACCCCACGGCUACUCCACUCUAUUCUUCGUCUUUCUCUUCUUUCUUGAAUCAUUCGAACUUCAAUACGCGAAGUCAGAAUGUCUCUUCGCCAGCGAAAAGCCUGGGUGUAUGUAAAUGCGUUGCUGCACCCCAAGAAUCGCAGACUGGCUACAGGACUAAUGUCUCUCGAAAUGCAAACAUGGCUAAACUUCAAGCUGGUUAUCUCUUUCCAGAGGUUGCGAGAAGAAGAUCUGCACUCUUGCUAAAGUACCCUGACUCAAAAGUGAUAAGCUUGGGAAUUGGUGAUACUACUGAACCCAUUCCUGAAGUCAUAACUUCUGCAAUGGCAACGAAAGUAAAUUCAUUAGCUACCAUCGAGGGUUAUAGUGGUUAUGGAGCAUACGAAGGUGAAAAGCCAUUAAGAAGGGCAAUUGCUUCAACAUUUUACACUGAUCUUGGCAUAGAGGAAGAUGAUAUAUUUGUCUCAGAUGGAUCAAAAUGUGAUAUAUCUCGCCUCCAGGUUGUCUUUGGCUCGAAUGUGACGAUGGCAGUGCAAGACCCAUCAUAUCCAGCCUAUGUAGACUCAAGUGUUAUUAUGGGUCAGACUGGCCAAUACCUGAAGGAUGCUCAGAAGUAUGGAAGCAUUGAAUACAUGUGGUGUAGUCCUGAAAAUGGUUUCUUCCCUGAUUUAUCCUCUGCUUCAAGAACGGAUAUAAUAUUUUUCUGUUCACCAAACAAUCCUACUGGUGCUGUAGCAACAAGGGAGCAACUAAGCCAACUAGUUCAGUUUGCUAAGAAUAACGGGUCAAUAGUAGUGUAUGAUUCUGCAUAUGCAAUGUAUAUAUCAGAUGACAGCCCACGCUCCAUCUUUGAAAUUCCAGGAGCCAAAGAGGUUGCGCUUGAGACUGCAUCAUCUAGCAAGUAUGCCGGAUUCACUGGAGUUAGACUAGGGUGGACUGUGGUUCCAAAGCAGUUACUGUUUUCUGAUGGUUUUCCUGUUGCCAAGGAUUUCAGCCGAAUUAUAAGUACUUGCUUCAAUGGGGCAUCCAAUAUUUCCCAGGCAGGUGGUCUGGCUUGCCUUUCACCAGAAGGCCUCAAGGCUAUGAAAGAGGUCAUAGGAUUUUAUAAGGAGAAUGCCAACAUAAUAGUGGAGACAUUUGAAUCUCUUGGUUUUAAAGUAUAUGGAGGGAAAAAUGCACCAUAUGCGUGGGUCCAUUUCCCUGGACGGGGCUCAUGGGAUGUUUUCAACGAGAUCCUUGAGAAGGCCCCUGUGGUUACAACCCCUGGCAGUGGUUUCGGACCUGGUGGCGAAGAUUUUAUCCGGGUAAGCGCGUUUGGUCACCGGGAAAAUAUUUUGGAGGCCUGCAGAAGAUUGAAGGAGCUAUACAGUUGAACUUAAGUUAUCUCAUUGGUUUCAAGCUUAACUCUCUCUUGAAAUAAUAUCUUAUAAUGCGUUAUGAAUGGUUAUGUAUAAAAGUUUAUCCUUA